GCCAGGGGUCGAUGGGCGGUGUUGUAAUCUGACGUUACUAUGGUAGAUACUCACUGGAUACUCAAUCACCUUCAAAUGGCUCAAUCAACAGCGUUACGGGAACACGAAUACGAGGCAGUACUCAUCUCAACAUCCUUCAUCUACCAACAAAUCUCAUCCCACACCAAGCUGUAUGAAGCAAACUACCAAUUUAUUGCAUGCAAUCCGACCACCAUCGGUGUAAUAGAAUUUUACCGCUCACUCCCUCCUCUCAUUCUGGCCCUUGAUCUCCUAGCAGUAAUACACCUAGCUAUAGCUACCUGGGACCAUAGCUGAAAACCCCUUCCAAGUUCAAGUUCAAUCUCAACCUACUCACUUUUAGAAAUGUCUACCGGAACCAGAAUCAUUCAGUACACCUCUUUUACUGCAUCGGAUGCCUUUAUCAACAACCGUUCCCACUUCACCGAGGGUCUCGAAAAACUCAAAACUGUAGAUGGACACCUUGGUUCGUUCUGGGGCUUGCAGGCUGCUGAAGAAGGUGCUAAGACGGGAUAUCUUGUCACCGUAUGGGAAUCUGUUGAGCACCACAAGAAAUUCACCGCUAGCGAUGCAUUCGGUGUUGCUAUAUCGAGUCUAAAGGCCGCUGCAGCUGGCGAGCUCACUCGAUUCCAAUUCACUGGGGUUAGAGGAUCGCCUAUUCCUGGACUCCAGACCGCUGUUACCGAAUUUGUGAUUGUAAGGCCUAACCCUGGUGCAUCAGGCGAUGCUGUCACGGCGGCUGCAAAUAAGACUGGUGAUAGCUUCAACGAAAAUGGGUACCCCGCCGCUCUUGGGAAGAGUGUCCAGGGCGAUGGUGUAUACAUCGUUGUGAUUGGCUGGCCUUCGGUUGCGGAGAGUCGGGCGACUGUCAAGAAAGAGCCUUUCGCGUCAGGCAUUGGUGCACUCUCGGCCCUUGCUACUCUUGAAAUAAGCCACGCCGUCCUCGAUAAGCACACUUGAGUUAUUCUAUCGAAUGUAUCAAAGGAGAAUCUCAACUUCAAAUCUAAAUAAAGUGAACAUAAUGUACUUUUAUAACCUGUACGAUUGAAUAUGAACAGAGUGUAUACUUCCUUUAUCACUGAUUGCCUCGGUCUUGAGAAAGGCGGCAGUGAAAAGCGGGGACAUCGAUCCUAGAAUGGCAGUAGCGUUCAACGUUCAACACAGUUACUACAAGGACAUGCC